AUGGACGAUGUGGAUACAGUUGGGGUAAUCAUGAGGUUUCCAAGUGGUGCUAUUGGUCAGAUUGAUCAAUCUCGUGAAGCUGUUUACGGCGACGAUCAUCGCAUUGAAGUUUUUGGAUCGGGUGGAAUGCUUACCAGCGACAACCAAAACGCCUUGGCCUCAACCCAUUUUCAUUCCACGGGAAGCACUCAACCUCCUAUCAAAUUUUCUUUUCCGCAACGAUAUUCCCAAGCUUUCGAUUUAGAGAUGAAUCAUUUUAUCGAUGUGAUGAAUAACAAAGAGGUUUCAGAAGUCUCCAAACAUGAUGGGCUUCGCUCCUCAUACAUUAUUGAUGCCAUUGAAAAAUCGUUUAAAACAGGACAACCGGUGAAUUUGUAG